AUGCAAAUACGAAAUAUUGUUAGCGUCAUUGCUUUGGCAACUGCUGUGUCUGCCCAAGCCCCUAUUUACUACAAAUAUGCAUGGUGUAUAAGCGCAACUGUAAGUCUUCAUUUCGCUCCAGUUCACACAUUAUGUAGUAUGGAGCUACAAAUACAGAAGUAGACCUGGGGCCGCAAGCCUCCAGAGUGUACCUCAUGCGUCUGUACUACCACAAUCCUUUCAGCUAUGAAAACUUUUAGAUAAAAGCAUCUAACAACUUAUAUAGGGUACCAUGUUUGACACAGCGACUAUCAAUGCAUGCAAUGCGUUCAAGGCUACAUGCGCCGAUUGUGAGCUCAUAUUGCCCGAACUAACUACCAGCGGAGAGAAGACUGGUCCGUAUUGCCAAAGUCCCACAAGCAAAAUUGAUAGUGCAAAGGUGAGAUAUUCUCAGAUUAACACAGAUCAGAGAAGAAGCUAAUAGCGAAUUAAAAUAGUUUCUCGAAGCGUGCAAGGCGCAAAACGCCCCAAACUCAUCUGGCGGCGCCAACAAACCAAAGGGCGCAUAG